AUGUUGAGCAGGCCCUCUUCACUGGAUCUGCCGUCCUCUUGGUUCUGGGUCUUUCUGGGGAUGACCUUCUUGGUGGGAUCUGGACACAGCUGCUCUUUCAAGUGCAAAUGCUUGGUUCAGGAGAAGGUGGUCUUCUGCAACAGCCGGAAUCUGACCACUGUGCCCGUCAAGAUCCCCCAGGAUUCAGAAUUCUUGGACUUAAGCCAAAACAGCCUUCGUACCCUACAUCAGGGCAUGUUCUCCCGUCUCCAAGCCCUAAAAGAGCUGGACCUGAACUACAACAUCAUCUCCAACAUUGAACAGGGGGCCUUCAACGGCCUUCAGAAGAUCAUGACCCUCCGACUAGCGGGCAACAAGUUGAAGAUGGUCCCAGAUGGGGUCUUCACAGGGUUGCCCAACCUCUCCGUUCUUGACCUGAGGGACAACAAGAUCCUCAUCUUCUUGGAUCAUACGUUCAAAGACCUCUUCAGUCUUGGGAACCUGGACAUAAGGGACAAUCCUCUGGUCUUGAUUUCAGGUCAGGCUUUCCGAGGCCUCCAACACCUGCGGAGGUUCACUCUGCAAAAAUGCAACUUCACCAGGCUGCCAACAGAGGCCCUGUCCCACCUUCACCACCUGGUGGAGCUUCAUCUCAAUGUCCUCAACCUCAGGGUCCUCCACAAUUAUUCCUUUCAGAAACUCCAUCGCUUAAAAGUUCUGGAGGUCAACCAGUGGCCUUUCUUGAAAAUUCUGGAGCCUCACAGUCUUUCUGGCCUAAACCUCACUUCCUUGUACAUUGUCAGAUGUAACCUCCAUGAUGUUCCUUAUAGGGCCAUCAAGCACCUGGUCCAUCUGCGUUUCCUUGACCUCUCUUACAAUCCUAUCUCAAUGAUCCAUGGAAGGAAGUUGCUGGAUCUCUCCCGCCUCCAAGAGUUCCACCUUACGGGUGGCCGACUGGCCACCAUCCAGGCCAAUGCUUUUGAAGGCCUUGUCCACUUCCGUCUCCUCAACGUCUCAGCCAACCAUCUCCAGACCCUUGAAGAAAAGGUCUUCCACUCGGUGGGGAACCUAGAAGUCCUUCGUCUGGACCAAAACCCCUUGGCCUGUGACUGUCGCCUCCUUUGGAUCUUGAAGAGACGACAGAGGUUGAACUUUGAGGCUCAGCUGCCCAUCUGUGCCACCAGCUCAGAAAAAGGAGAGAAGGUCUUCCAUGACUUCUCCAGAGCUCUGGCAUAUCACUUUACUUGCCGGGAGUCUACGAUUGAGAACAAGACCCUCCAGAAAGUGGUUGUUCAUGAAGGAGAGCAGGCCAACUUGACUUGUAGCAGCGAUGGAGAUCCACCACCCAGUAUUUCUUGGGUGAACCCUCAAAACAUCACCUUGGACUCAACUGGCAAAGGGCGUUCAACCAUCCUUCCUGAUGGGACUCUUAAGAUUCUAUAUGCCCUACUUGAAGACAGUGGAUUGUACCGUUGUGUUGCGAGCAAUGCAGCCGGCAAUGAUUCUAUGGUAGCUUCUCUUCAAGUUCUUGUUCCUCUGUUCAACCAGUCCCUGGUCUGGAAGGACUUCGGUCUACGCAAUAAAACAGCAAUCUCCUCCCUCUUCUUCCUCCACACUAGCAUCUGGCUGGGCAUCUUAAUCAUCGGCGUUGUCCCCUUUCUCUGUUCUGUCCUGGUCUGCUUCUCCUUCAUCUUCCUCUACAGCAGAAGCCGGGGGAACGUCACUCACCAGGUGAUUCACGCUGAGACCCAUCCUUCCCGAGGUUACAAGGCCAUCGUGGGCCAACGAAGAACCUCACCCAAAAAGCCACGAAGAAGCUCACCCAAAAAGCCGAGAUGA